AUGAACAGGAAUCAUAAAAAUUCAGCUGAUGAAGAUUCAUUAAGUAAAAAAAAAUAUGUAGAAUCAAUAAAUGAAUCAGAAGAAAAAAAAAAUAAUUUGAAUAGUGAAUCAGAUUUUAGCUCAGAAUUUGAAUUUAAUUACAAAAAACAAAUUAUCGACAGCUUUGAACUAAAAAAUAAAGGACUGUUUAAACUUUCUCUAGGCAAAAAAGUUCAUUCUAAAUCAAAUUUUAUUAAUGAUAAUGAAAAUGCUAAAGAUAAUAUACAAAACGAAAAAUAUUCGAAAAAUUAUUAUUCAAAAAGUAAAAUGCCACAACAACCUGUGUUUUUAGCGAAAGAUAAAACAGGGUUUUUUUGUGAUGACAAGGAUGAAAUAAUAACUAAAUUAAAAAGAGAGAUAACCCUAUUAACCAACAAGUUUGAAGAAAAAUUAAUUAAUAUAAAGAACAUUCAAAAAGAUAACUUUCACCUAGAACAAAUGUAUAAAAAUAAGUAUUAUUUAGAUAUAAAAAAAGAAAAAAAUAGAAUAGUAGAAAUGCGUUCUGAAAAUGAUGAGUUGCUAAGGAAACUCGAUUGUUAUAAUAAAUAUUUUCAAAAGUUAAAAAAAAAAAUUAAAUGUCUUCUUAGGAAUACUCUCACUCUUGUUGAGCACUUUGGAACUAGUGAAAAUGUAAAAUUCUUAUUUAAGAAUGUGAAGGAUAUUACAUUACUAAUGCAGUCUAUAAAAUACAAGAAAUUCCGAAAAAUUAAGAACACAACAAAAGAAGAAUGUGGGAAAGCGAAAAAUCAAAAUUUGGGAAAUGUAAAAAAUGGUAAUACAAAAGAGAAAAGGAAUCCCAUAAAAAUAUUACAUAGAAUAAUAAAUCCUUGUGAUAAAAAUUGCGAUAUCCCCUUAAAAUAUACACCUAAAAAAAAAGAUAAAAUACCAAAUCUAUGUACUAAUGAAGAAAUUUAUUUACCGAAUGGUUCAAUUUUAAAAUAUCGUAAAAGGAUAAAUAAUCAAAAUAAGGAAACAAAUAACCUUCGAAUUCCAAAAAAUAACUCCUUCGGAAGCAAUAAAUAUAGUUUAAGGAAAAUUUACAAUACAAAUUUGGAAAAUAGACAAAUCGAAAAUAGCGUAAAUUCAAAAAAAAAAAGAACUAUAACAAAUUUCACAGUAAGAAUGAAAAAUAUAUCUGCUGAAAAUUCUGAUAACCUAUUAACUUUAUUAAGAAAAACAAGAAAAAUUAAAUAUUUAUUAAGAAAUUCUUUUAACAUUACAUAUAAUAAAAAAAAGAAUUACCAAAAAGGAAAUUUAAACGAUGAAAGUUAUAAUAAUAACAAUUUUGACCCAAUUGAGAGUGGAGAACAUGUAUUGCUAAGCAACUAUAGAGGCUCUAUUAAGCACAAUUCUUUAUAUGAGCGGGAACAUAUAGCAUUAUAA